AAACGCAAAUCCCAACAGCAACUCCGACGACAGCAGCAACAACAACUACGGCAACUCCAGCUACAGCACCCUCAGUACCAACUUCAGAUUCUUUUGUCACAGGAACUCUCACACCAAGCUCAACCAAGGCACCCAUCACAAGCACAAUCAUCUCUUCUGUUACACCAACCAUCACAACAGACGCAUCGGUUCCCACCACAACUGUGAACGUUGCUCCUGUCACGGUCACCACUGGAGCAUCUUCCACAGCAAGCAGCACCAUGGGUUCCACCCAAACACCUUCCACAGCACGCAGCACCAUGGGUUCCACCCAAACACCUUCCACAGCAAGCAGCACCAUGGGUUCCACCCAAACACCUUCCACAGCACGCAGCACCAUGGGUUCCACCCAAACACCUUCCACAGCACGCAGCACCAUGGGUUCCACCCAAACACCUUCCACAGCAAGCAGCACCAUGGGUUCCACCCAAACACCUUCCACAGCAAGCAGCACCAUGGGUUCCACCCAAACACCUUCCACAGCAAGCAGCACCAUGGGUUCCACCCAAACACCUUCCAGCGAAUCCACGACCAGCCUCAUGACGACUACCAAUCCUCCGACCGCACCAUCAGCCCCUGCUCCGACCUUCAGUGUGUCGGUUACAUUAACACAAACUUACGACGAACAAUUAUCAAACCCGAGCAGUCAGCAGUUUAUUACACUGCAGUUGAUCGUUGUUACAACGUGUAAUGCUAUCUACAGGGCAGAAUAUGGAUUCCUUUUCAUCCGCGUUAUUGUCAUUGGAUUCAGACCUGCCGGAGGUCGACGUAUGGCCAACACUGAAACCCUUUUGGAGCUUGUGUUCAAUAAUACUGCCCCAAGUGAAAGUAUUCCGCCAGCAGAGGAAGUUGCAAAUGUCUUGAGAAAUGCUACAGUGAACAACUCCACUGAUAGUCUCCAAUUUGAUGCUACCACUAUUGUUGUCGAAAGAGUUGUUACCACUACCACAACGAUUGCCCCAACAACUGCCCAACCACUGACAAUAACUGCCAAACCAACGGCUACAACAGCCCAACCACCUGCUACAACUGCCCAACCACCGGCCCCAACUCAAACCACAACCACUGCUGCAGUAGCGUUGGCUAACGUCCGAUUUGGAUUCCGUUCUGUCAGAGACACAUUUACAGCAGACCUUUUGAAUCCCUCAUCAGCAGCCUUCCGAGAUCGAGCCACAACCAUCACAUCUGCGCUCGAACCCUUGUUCAGAAGAGCUUUUGGUUCCUUCACUAGAUUGCAAGUGGCAGCUUUCAGCCAAGGAUCGAUCAUCACCACCAUGGACGCAAAGUUCAGUUCAGCUCCUUCUAGUGACCAGAUAGUCAGAGUUCUGACCGAUGCCGCAGGAACCAUCACAGCUUUUGACAUUGAAACCAACUCUAUUACUGUUAAUGGUAUAGUGACGGGUGGAGUCUCAAGUGGAAUGAACAAAAGCAGUGCCUUCAUCAUAUCUUCGAUGGCCCUUCUCUCAUGGCUACUCGUGUCAAGCUGAUCAUAGGACUUGGGUGUUCACUCAAGACAAACCCAAGACAACACAUAAGAACCAUUUUAACUAAGAAACAUUAUUAACCAUAUUAACCAUGUUAACAACAGAAUUAUAUUAACCAAGAUAAACAAACAAAUGAAUAAUAUAUAUUACUGAAUGAAUUGCUAUUUAAUCACAAUAGAGUAUUCUAAUUAAAAUAUCAUGCACUUUGCUUGUAAACAAAAGACUAUUCUCUU